UUUGUCUUAAAUUACUUGGGCUGUUAGCUAGCAAAGAGAGGAAAAAAUGGAGACUGCUCCGGCUGCUUAUCCCCUGAACGCCGUGAAGGUCUUGCGGGGGUCGCAUGAUUUUCAACCGUAUAUUUGCUCUCCUCUACGCCUUUGCCAUCGCCGCCCUUCUCUACCGCCAUGUACAGACCCUCCUCCGCUCCACCGCCUCUCCUUCUUUCUUCAUCCACUUCUCCAUGCUCGUCGCCGACGUAAUCUUGGCCUUCAUGUGGUCAACGGCUCAGUCGUACCGCAUGCGCCAGGUGACCCGGACGGAGUUCCUGGGGAAUCUUGAAAAGGCGGUGAGAGAGGAGGACUUUCCGGCGAUGGAUAUUUUCAUAUGCACGGCGGACCCCUUCAAGGAGCCGCCCAUGGACGUCGUUAACACGGCGCUGUCGGUCAUGGCGUACGACUACCCGCCGGAGAAGAUCUCGGUCUACGUGUCGGACGACGGCGGGUCGGAGCUGACGCUCUUUGCCUUCAUGGAGGCGGCUAAGUUCGCGGCGCACUGGUUGCCGUUUUGCCGGGAGAAUGGGGUGGUGGAUCGGUGUCCGGCUGUGUUUUUCGAGUCAGCUUGUAAUGGCCGCCGCCACACGAGCCUUGAUAGUUCUCAAGAUGAUCUCAAGAUGAUGUAUGAUAACAUGAAGGAGAGAGUGCAACAUGUGUGCGAGAUAGGGAUGAUAAGUGAGGAAUAUAUAACCGAUGAGGAAGCACAUAAGAUAUUUGAAAAAUAUCGAACUCCAAAUUUCACAAGUCAAAAUCACCAUACUAUUAUUCAGGUGCUACUAGAGAGUGCGAGUAACAAAGAUACAAGGGGUCACUCAAUGCCAAACCUUGUCUAUGUUUCAAGGGAAAAAAGCAAGAGCUUCCCACAUCAUUUCAAAGGUGGCGCACUCAAUACCCUUAUUCGAGUCUCUGGUGUUAUGACAAAUGCCCCAAUUAUCCUAACAUUGGAUUGUGAUAUGUACUCCAAUGAUCCUAGAACACCUAAACGGGCUUUAUGUUACUUUAUGGACCGCUCAGUAAGGCCCCAUUUGGGUUAUAUUCAGUUUCCUCAACGCUUUUAUGGGAUCAACAAGGGUGACAUAUAUGGGAGUGAACAUAAACAUGUUUUUCAAAUUAACACAAUGGGCAUGGACGGCUUCUCAGGCCCAAAUUAUUAUGGAACUGGGAGCUUUUUCUGGCGACGGACAUUCUUCGGUGGCCCAUCUAGUUUUGUUCACCCUGAAAUUUCGGAAUUAUGUCCAGAUUAUGCUAUGACAAAGCCCAUCAAGGCUCCUGAGAUUUUGGAGCUUGCACAUAAAGUUACAAGGUGCAAGUAUGAGGACCAUAAUGGAUGGGGUUAUAAGAUGGGAUUCAAAUAUGGAUCAAUGGUGGAGGAUAUGUAUACUGGUUACCGACUUACAUGUGAGGGAUGGAAUUCAGUAUAUUGCAACCCAAAAAGGGCAGCUUUUCUUGGUAGCAUACCGACUUCACUAAGUGACACACUCAGUCAACAAAAGAGAUGGGGGGUUGGUCUCUUACAAGUAGCUCUCUCAAAGUACUCCCCACUAACAUAUGGCACUCGUGCGGCUGGCUUCAUAAUGGGUUAUUGUUAUACCCACCUUGCCUUUUGGCCAAUUUGGUGCAUUCCGAUAACGAUAUAUGCUUAUCUCCCUCAACUUGCUCUCCUUAAUGGAAUUUCCAUCUUUCCGAAGGCAUCUGACGCAUGGGUUCUUGUAUAUGUGUUUCUCUUCAUCGGAGCGAACACACAACAUUGUUAUGACUUCAUUUCGACCGAUGGAACAUUUCAGAGGUGGUGGAGCGACCAAAGGAUGUGGCUAAUGAGAGCACUGUCGUCCUACUUAUUUGUAGGAGCUGAGUUCAUAAUAAACAAACAAGUCCGAAUACCUGCACUGCAAGGGUUCAAUUUGACAAGCAAAGUAGUUGACAAAGAUCAAGGAAAGCGUUAUGAACAAGGACUUUUCGAGUUCGGGAUGUCAUCACCUUUGUUCGUGCCUUUAGCAACCGCCGCAAUCAUCAACGCCGUUGCAUUCAUCAAAGCAGCUACGAGAGUAAUAAUCUCAAAAGGGGAAUGUUGGGAUAUGUUCAUGAUUCAAAUGUUUCUUGCUAGCUAUGGAGUAUUAAAUGCUUGGCCAAUUUUUCAAGGAAUGAUGUUGAGAAGUGAUAAUGGAAGGAUGCCUACCAUGAUUACCAUCACUUCAAGUUGCAUUGCCACAAUUAUUUAUGUUAUGUUUACUUUUUGGAUGUAGUGUGUAAUGCUAGCUAAUACAUAAUUGUAUUAUUUUUAUUUUUCAAUAAUGUAGUGGUGUUAUAUGACACUACACAAUAUAUAUAUAGGGGGAAGAUCCCAUGCAAACCAAGCUUCCGGUGCAAAUCUACAAACCAAAUGCAUCCGUUGGAUUGAACAAUACGGAUGGGCAUGUGUAUGACAUCCAUGAUAGUGUUCAUGGAUUGAGAUGUAGCAAAUUAAAAUCCUAAGACCCACUACCGUAUAAGAAUUCGUUGCAAGGCUAUUAAGGUCAUCUUAAAACAUAUUUCCCUGGAAUUGCCGUCAACCUUGCACUAAUC